CACUCAGUUGGAGCAGCAGAGACUCUGAGGAGUUCCAGGUCAGAACUCAGAGAGACAGACAGACAGGUAGGAGAAGACAGGCAGACAGGUAGGAGAAGACAGGCAGACAGGUAGGAGAAGACAGACAGACAGGUAGGAGAAGACAGGCAGACAGGUAGGAGAAGACAGACAGACAGACAGGUAGGAGAAGACAGGCAGACAGGUAGGAGAAGACAGACAGACAGGUAGGAGAAGACAGACAGAUAGGAGACAGACAGAUAGGAGACAGACAGACAUUCAGACGUUCAGCCAGGUGAACUGCUCUGAUGAUGGAUGACUACACUCUUCCCUUCUGGAUUUACUUGGGUGUUGUGACCGUGUUUGUGGGCGGGGCCAUGAAGAGGAUUGUGGCGUCCCACCUGAGCGCAGCCCCGACCCUGGUGGCCUGGCUGGGGGCCACGGUUCUGGUGGAGCGGCUCUGGGCCUUCUGCCUGCCGGCCGUGUUGCUGCUGGCACUGCUCGCCUUCGCCUGCUGCCUCUACUCGGCCAGAACCGGCCCGCCGCCCACCAACCUGCCCGCCCACGGGAAGGCCGUCUUCAUCACAGGAUGCGACUCUGGUUUCGGCAAAGCGACGGCGAAGCAUCUGGACUCCCUGGGCUUCGAGGUUUUCGCCACCGUUCUGGAUCUGACCGGAGAUGGAGCCAGAGACCUGCAGAGGACCUGCUCCUCCAGACUCACCCUCCUCCAGGUGGACAUCACCCAGCCUCAGCAGGUCCACCAGGCGCUGCUGGACACCAAGGCCAAGCUGGGCCUCCAAGGUCUGUGGGGUCUGGUAAACAACGCUGGAGUCUGUGUGAACUUCGGGGACGCUGAACUCUCUCUGAUGUCAAACUUCCGCGGCUGCAUGGAGGUGAACUUCUUCGGGACUCUGAGCGUCACCAAGAGCUUCCUGCCACUGCUGAGACACAACAAGGGACGCAUCGUAAACAUCUCCAGCCCUGCAGGUGAUCAGCCGUUCCCCUGUUUGGCGGCAUACGGAGCCUCCAAAGCUGCUCUGAACCUCUUCACCAACACCCUGAGACACGAGCUGGAGCCAUGGGGGGUCCAGGUGUCCACCAUCCUGCCGUCCUCCUACCGGACAGGUCGCUCCAGUAACCGGGCCUACUGGGACCAGCAGCACAAGCAGCUGCUACAGAGUCUGUCUCCAGCGCUGCUGGACGAGUACGGGGAGGACUACGUGACCGAGAUCAAGGACCUGUUCCACAGCUACGCCAGCCAGGCCAGCACCGACCUCAGCCCCGUGGUCCAGGCCAUCGUCCAGGCCCUGCUGGCUCCCCAGCCCCGGCCCCGGUACUACGCGGGGCCGGGCGUGGGCCUCAUGUACUUCAUCCACUCCUACUGCCCCUUCAGCCUCAGCAGCUGGCUGCUGCAGCGGCUCUUCGUCAAGAAGAAGCUGAAGCCCCGAGCUCUGAGGAAGGAAGGUCUGGAGAUAAACCUGAACCUCCUGAACAACAACAAUGAGGAGAAGCUACAGUAGAAAGGACCCGAGGAACCGGAGGAACCGCAGGAACCAGAGGAACUGCCUACUGGACUGAAGGGAUCAUAGUGAUACUGUCCUGCCUGCAGGGGGCACCGCUACACAACUCCACUUGUACUGUGCACAGACUCACACUGAUUGAGUGCCUUCAUCUCCACCACCAGCAGAACAUCAGGCCUGGAGGUCCAGCAGCACAUUAACAUCAUGCUAAGCUAACGGAGCGUUUAGCAUGAUGCUAAGCUAACAGAGCAUUUAGCAUGGUGCUAAGCGAACAGAGUGUUUAGCAUCUUGCUAAGCUAACAGAAUGGUUAGCAUCACACUAAGUUAACAGAGUGUUUUACAUCAUGCUAAGCUAAUGAAGAAUUUAGCAUCAUGCUAAGCUAACACAGCGUUUAGCCUCAUGCUAAGCAAAUGGAGCUGUUUACCAGCCAGGUUUUAUUAGUCCCUUGAUGAGGCUUCAACAACCAAUCAUGGUUAGAGCUCAGACACCUCAGUCCUUGAUCAAUCACAGCUCCUGUGAUGUCACUGUGAGGGCGGAGCCAGGACUGACAGAAAACAAACCAGUGUAGAUCACCUUUACUGUUGCCAUGGUUACUGUGCUCCUUAUUGGUCAGUGAUGCGAUCACGUUAGAAUAAGAGGAAAACACCAAAAAUCAUCAAAUCUGAGCUAAAAUCUUUCAUCAAAACCGGUUUCUUUUUCAUGUAUUUUUUUAAAAUUCUCCAAAAACAAAGUAGAGUUUCAGGUUGAACGGCAGGCAGUGUUUCCUCAGAGAGACUGAAAUAAACUCAGCAGAAACAGAGAACAGAGGAGCAGGUUGGAGAUCCAUUCAGCAUGGAGAAACAUCUACAGGUGAUGAGCAGAGUAGAGAGGAAACAUGGAGAUAGAAAAACAUAUACAGGAUGAGGAGGUGGGAGCAGAAAAAUAAGCCCAGAAACUGCUGCUUGGACUUUUAGAUUCUUUAUUUACCGACAACAAGUAAAAAGCAUCAGUUCAGUGUUAAACGUUGACUGACUGAGAGGAAGAACUGAACUCACAGUCAGGAUUAAAUCAGAACUAAAUCAGGAUUAAACCUGGAUCAAAUCAGGAUUAAAUCUGGAUUAAAUCAGGGUUAAAUCAGGAUUAAAUCAGGAUGAAGUCUGGAUUAAAAUGGGAUUAAAUCAGGAUUAAAUCAGGAUAAAGUCAGGAUUAAAUCAGGAUUAAAUCAGGAUUAAAUCUGGAUUAAAUUGGGAUUAAGUCAGGAUUAAAUCAGGAUAAAGUCCAGGUUAAAUCAGGAUUAAAUCAGGAUUAAGUCAGGAUUAAGUCAGGAUUAAAUCUGGAUUAAAUCUGGAUUAAAUCAAGAUACAGUCAGGAUUAAAUCUGGAUUAAAUCUGAAUUAAAUUGGGAUUAAGUCAGGAUUAAAUCUGGAUUAAAUCAAGAUACAGUCAGGAUUAAAUCUGGAUUAAAUCUGAAUUAAAUUGGGAUUAAGUCAGGAUUAAAUCUGGAUUAAAUCAGUAUUAAAUCUGGAUUAAGAAAACAAAGAUAGUUUAUAUUAUUUGUCAUUAAUUCCAAAUGGUUUUUUAGAAUCCCUGAUAUCUGUUGAAUCUUCAUCUUCUGAAUGUUAGCUGAGAUAUUUGUCUUUGAGCGGAGCUAAAAACAGAACAAACUCCACCCGGCUGGUUGGUCCGGAGCUGUGAAGUGAGUGCUCCCUGUGAGGUAACAUCCUAUUCCUGUUAACUGGUUUGAGAACAGUUCCGCCAAAAACACAUUCUACUUCCUGUGAAACACUGAAGCUUCAUGCUGUGAAGGUCUCAGAAGGUUAAAGUUACAGAAUCCAUGUCAGGUUUCUGUUGAAUCAUCCAUCCAUCCAUCCAUUAUCUAUACACUGCUUGAUCCUCACUAGGGUCAUGGGGGGGCUGGAGUCUAUCCCAGCUGACUCAGGUGAAGGCAGGGGACACCCUAGACAGGUCACCAGUCUGUCGCAGGGCUUCUGUUGAAUCAUAUUUCAGAGAAAAAUAACUGAAGGUUUUUGUUCUUUUUCACCAAAAACACAGACAACGAGAAAACAGAAGUUUGGGUUCAAUUCGAUGCAAGAGUUUUGGUCAUUUUUAGGUUUUUUCUGUGAAACUAAACUCUGGUUGUUUUUAAAGUCAAAGGUUUCAAAUGCUGCACUUUUAUUUUUAAAGUUGAAUAAAUCUGAAUUCCCGUUUUUAUGGUCAAAACGUUUCAUCCUGUGGAACCAAACGAUCCAGUUUUACUGCAGUUCAUAACAAGAAAAAUUCUUCUAAUGUUGACAGAAUGGUUUAGUUUCAUCAUAAGUUUCUGUUUUAUACUUUAGAGAAGAAAUAAAGCAGGUGGAAGAUUCUGUGUUCCUCACAGAGCAGCUGAACUCUGGUUCCUCACAACCUUCUCCAGAUGUUUGUGCUGCACGUCGUUGUCCAGAUGUUUUUGCACAUGCUCAGUGUGUCUCUGUCCGAUGUCGGUUCUUUGUUAUGUUCUGUUUUUAAAUCGAACUAUUUAUGGUGUCUUUUCUUUUUUCGUCACUUAAACUGUGAAUUUUGUAUAAAAAUGAAAACAAGGAGAACAAAAACAUCAAAUGUUCAGUGGUUCAUUCUUUGAUAGAAAUAAAGAUGACUUUUUCAAAAGCU